GGCCCCAACUUUUGCCCUACCCACGUCCUGCCAAGUCCCAACACUGCGCCUGGCCAGCCAUCCCUCCUCCUGGACUUCUCUGUCUCCCUCAAGCUGGACAGUAAACCUCUCUCUUUCUGGAGGCGGGGCCAGCCCUCUGAGCUGGAUAAUCACCAAGUGGAGGAGUCUGGCGCGGGCACAGCCUCGGCCUGGCCCUCUGGCUCCUCGCUCUCUGCCAGCUCCAUGGCCAGCCCCGUGGGUGCAUCUCCAGCAGGCCAUGCCAGUGGGCUGGGUCCGCACCGGAGAAAGCGCACCACGUUCAGCAGAGGGCAGCUGCUGGAGUUGGAGCGGGUGUUUGCAGCACUGCCCUACCCUGAUAUUGGGACUCGUGAGGAUCUGGCCCGAGUCAUCUGCCUUCCUGAGGCCAAGAUACAGGUAUGGUUCCAGAAUCGUCGGGCCAAGAGAAUCAAGAAUAGGAAGCCGGGAAGCCUAAGCCCCAGGCCUGAGCCCCCCCAGAAACCCCAUCCUUUUCCAGGUACCCUCCAGCAGUCCCAGGAGCCCCAAACACUAGGCCAGCUUCCGCCACCCAGCAGCACACCUCAGUGCCCUGCGGGGUGUCAGCGUGCCUCCUGUCCGGCUCCAGGCUUGGGUCCAGGGCAGGGCCGGGCGGGCAUUACAGCUGCAUUUCCACUGGGGUCAGCUGGAGCUUCAGGGGUCCACCUUUUUUCAGAGCAAGCUACUCCCCAGACCUCACUGGGCAGCCUGUCCGACCUCAUCCUUGCCUCGGCCAUUGUGACCAGCCCAGAUCACUCCUAAUCUAGGCCCAGAACUCGCAACCCCUGCCCCCUCUAGCUCCUGUAGCCCAUCUGCCCCUUAGGACUGAACACACCAGAAGUGGAUCCCUGCCCCCUCUUUUGCACAAGGGUGUUCUCUUACGGGAAGGAAGUUUAGCUCAGGGACCCCUUCUUUCCAUUGUCCUCCAGGUCAGCCUACAUGUGAGUCCUAUGGAGUGACUGGGGCCUGGCUUCUGCUACCCAGGACCCUGC